CACGUGAGGGUGGGCGGGGGAGGGACCGGCUGGCCUCCGCUGGCUCUGCGUCUCUAUGGUUGUCGGAGGUGGGCGGCUUCUUCUCCGCUGCUGAAACUCGAGCGUGAACGGAUAUCACAAUAACCAGUGUAAAAUAAUCAAAUGGAGACAGACACAUGGGGAAGGAGAUAGUCUGAUCUCAUAUGAUGUUUCGUCUUAACUCACUUGCUGCGUUGGCGGAACUGGCUGUGGGUUCUCGAUGGUACCAUGGAGCAUCACAGCCUGCCCAGGCUAGGAGAAGACUGAUGGUGGUGGCUUUCCUGGGAGCAUCUGCAGUAACAGCAAGUACUGGUCUCUUGUGGAAGAGGGCUCAUGCAGAAUCUCCAUCAUGUGUAAACAACUUAAAGACUGACAUUGGCGAUAAAGGGAAGAAUAAAGAUGAAGGAGAAGUUUGCAAUCAUGAAAAAAAAGCUGCAGAUACUGGUCUUGAGCCUUAUCCAGAAGAAAAGAAGAAGAAAUGCUCUGGAUUCAGAGACAGAAAAGUGAUGGAAUAUGAGAACAGGAUUCGAGCCUACUCCACACCCGACAAAAUCUUCCGAUAUUUUGCCACCUUGAAAAUAAUCAAUGAGCCUGGUGAAACAGAAGUGUUUAUGACUCCACAAGAUUUUGUGCGAUCCAUUACACCCAAUGAAAAACAACCAGAACAUUUGGGCCUGGAUCAGUAUAUUAUAAAACGCUUUGAUGGAAAGGAUUUCUGGCAGACAGAGAAAAUUUCCCAGGAACGAGAAAAAUUUGCUGAUGAAGGCAGUAUAUUUUACACCCUUGGAGAAUGUGGGCUCAUAUCCUUUUCAGACUACAUUUUUCUUACAACGGUCCUUUCCACUCCCCAGAGAAAUUUUGAAAUUGCCUUCAAGAUGUUUGACCUGAAUGGAGAUGGAGAAGUAGACAUGGAGGAGUUUGAACAGGUUCAGAGCAUCAUUCGCUCCCAAACCAGUAUGGGUAUGCGUCAUAGAGAUCGUCCUACUACUGGUAACACCCUCAAGUCUGGCUUAUGUUCGGCCCUUACAACCUACUUUUUUGGAGCUGAUCUCAAGGGGAAACUGACAAUCAAAAACUUCCUUGAAUUUCAGCGUAAACUUCAGCAUGACGUUCUAAAACUGGAGUUUGAACGCCAUGACCCUGUGGAUGGAAGAAUAACUGAGAGGCAGUUUGGUGGCAUGCUGCUGGCUUACAGUGGGGUGCAGUCCAAGAAGCUGACUGCCAUGCAGAAGCAGCUCAAGAAGCACUUCAAAGAUGGAAAGGGCCUGACGUUUCAGGAGGUGGAGAACUUCUUUACUUUUCUGAAGAAUAUUAAUGACGUGGACACUGCAUUGAGCUUUUACCAUAUGGCUGGAGCAUCUCUUGAUAAAGUGACCAUGCAGCAGGUGGCCAGGACCGUGGCUAAAGUGGAGCUGUCCGACCACGUGUGUGAUGUGGUGUUUGCGCUCUUUGACUGUGACGGCAACGGGGAGCUGAGCAAUAAGGAGUUUGUGUCCAUCAUGAAGCAGCGGCUGAUGAGAGGCCUGGAGAAGCCCAAGGACAUGGGCUUCACGCGCCUCAUGCAGGCCAUGUGGAAGUGCGCGCAGGAAACCGCCUGGGACUUCGCUUUGCCCAAAUAGUAACCCAAGACUGCGGAGGGGCGCCUGCCCACCCCAGCACGCGGGAGCCCCGGGCGCACGGCCCCAGCGUAGCCCGCGUGCUGCUGCCUCCGACAGUUGUGCCCCUUCCCUCGAGCGCAGCCUCGGCUUCCUCAGCCCCUGUGCCUGCGCUCCGCUGGGCUCGGGUCCCCAGCGACCACGCCCGCAGGCUCCCGAAAAUGCGGACUCAGACCGUGGCUCCAGCAUCAGCCCUAGCCGCGCAGGCGCCCUGUGGGUAAAGAACGCAAGGAACCCUGCCCACACCUGCCUCCAGCCAGACCUACCUAAGCAGAGCGUCCCUUCUCCCGCGGGCGUUUCUAAGCUGCAGGUUGGGAACAGUCUGGCGGGCAAGUGUGAUGGAUGGGAUGGUGAGGGCCUGGGCGCCCUGAGCUGGCAGGAAGCCCGGGCCAGAGGAAGGCGCUGUCAGACGCAGUAUUCCAGCCCCGCUGCAGAUUCCGAAUUCCUAGCAGCUGCUUCGCGGCCCUCCCCACGCCUUCUUUCCUCCAGGGCUCCCCAGGAGUCUGCUUAAUGAGCGGCCAGUCGAGCUCCUUUCUCCUGCGAGCGCCAUCUCCCCUCCAGCGCGGGCUCCUGGCCUGUCUGCCCUCUGCCUCGAACACUCAUAAAAUAACACUUUAAUGGUUUGCAAUAAAGACCCCCGAAGGCU